AUGGAUACUCCCGAGGUUGCAACACCAACGUCCGGCGCCGCUACGCCCCUGACGGUACCGUCAACGCCGGCCAAGCCAGACUUCAUUCCGCUGGUGACUGUCGUCGACUUCCACCAUGCCCGCGGACCCGAGGUUGAGAUGUGGUUUGGCGCGGCGGAGGGCACCGAUCCGGCAAUCGAAUAUGACUGGGGCUUGCUGCCUUUUAUGGCAUUGAGCGACGGUGCGCAUUUAUCAAGCGAGGACUUCUCCUACUUUACGCUACUCCGCCCAGCUACUGCCACGGGACCCGCGACGUCCCUUUUUGGCAUCUCUUGCACACGGCAGCUCGAUGCCUCACAGCUACUGAACCGGCCCGCCGACGUGACGCGCUCGACAGUCCAGAAAGCCGUCGUCGUCAUCGCCGACACGCCACAGCACUUUGGCAUGAUGCGCGAGCGUCUCAGCGUCGUCACGCAGGCUUGGUUCGCGCAACGCGAGUUCACUGACACGGAGAUCUUGCGCCGCUUCCAGGAGAGCCUGGCCGAGGAGAAGGAGCGCGGGUUCCUGACGGAGGAGGGGAGCCGCGACCAGUACCUCGGCAUGAGCCUGCGUGAGCUGGUGCACGAGUUCAAGUCGCAGACGCUGAUGCUGUUCAAGUGUUGUCUGCUGCAGCCAAAGAUGCUCUUCUUCGGAUCACGGUGUGAAAGAUUAUGCAUGAUGCAGUUUUCUCUUAUUUCUCUGAUACCCGGACUUAUUCGUAAUCUCGUUGACUGCGCUGAUCCGGAGCUAAGUAACUACGAGAAGAGGUUGGCGCGGCCCACGAGCUUGCGAACCAGCGAUCGCAACUCUUUGCUCACUUACAUGGGCCUGCCCCUACAGAUAUUCGGCAAGGGCAGUCUGUUUGGCCCUUACACCCCGCUUCAGCAGCUUGACAUUCUCGCCGACUUUGGCACCAAGUCAUACAUUGUGGGCAGCACCAAUUCACUGCUCCUUCAGCAAAGAGACCGCUAUAGUGAUAUCCUCAUUAAUCUUGACGAGCACACCGUCAACAUCACCUCCUCCUCCCUCAAAAACGCCUUGGCUCUGUCGGCCGCAGACCGCCGCUGGAUCGACUACAUUACCCAAGUAGUCAAUGAUACUUGGGACGACGCCAACCCCCAACGUCCAAACACCAUGGGCUACGUCGGUAGCGAGGAAUUCAUCCGCCUUCAGUUUGAAGAGUACAUACUGUCUCUCGUCUCCUCGGUGAAAUACCGCAAUCACCUACUGGCGAACCCGAACAAUCCGCGUGCGCUCCUUCCGCACAUUGAAGGCGACCCUUCCCUCGACUAUGGAAACGAGUUCAUCGAGUACUGGUCCCGCACCGAAAACCACCGCAUAUGGAACGGCAACACGGAUUCCCACCUCUUUGACGUUGUCGAGCCGAGGCACCCCUGCGCCGGCGGUCUGACUAUUGACGACGUGCAGCGUCGCAUCGCCCAGCAAGUCCAGGACAUGCACCUGGACGAACGUCUCGCUGUCGGCAAAGAGGUCCUCGGACGGAACUUUGCCGUGGGCAAGGAGAAGGCGUCCAACAUGUUUAACAAAUUCUACUCUGACCUAGAAGCGCUCCGCGAGGCACAGCGGAAACGGGCCGAGGAGCAGCGCCUGGCUCAGGAAGCUGCUGCCGCGGAGGCCGAGAAAGCCGGCGGCGGUCCUGCUGCGUCUGCCGCGGCGACAGAGGGGGCCACCAAGGCGCUGGGAAAUACUGGCAACAAGGCUAGUUCGUACGUGAGUUCGUGGGUCACGUGGGCCGGCGAGAAACGCAAGGCCGGAUGGGGUGGUGGAGGUGGAGGCGGCAGCGGCAGCGGCAGCGGCAGCGGCAACAGCACCGUGACGUCUCCGACCACGAGCAGUAGUGGAGGGUACGGCUGGGGUCGCGGAUGGGGCAAAUCCAAGACGGACACCAGCAAGGCUACUGGCAAUGGCGAGAGGGAUUCUGCUUCGAUUUCGGGGUCGCGAGUAUCUACCUCCUCCACGGGGACGGAGAUCAACGAUAAGAGGCCGCACGGGGAGAAGCACGACUUCCAACCGCUGACGCAGGGGUCGUACACUGAGUCGAUUCUCUCGACGGGGUCGGUUGAGUCGGAGACGCCGGCGAAUCACGCGGCUGAUCGCCGGCCACAGUCAAAGGAAGGGGUUGCAAAGGCAGGGGUCGCGCCUACGACAGUACCUGCGGAGACAGCCGUGACCGGGGCCCAAGGCAAGGUGAAUGGCGGAGAGAGCAACAUCACCAUCAGAACGGAGGCUUCUGACUCCGACGGAGAGGAGCAGACGAGACACUCAUUGGCCGCGAGUACUGCUCUGCCACCAAAGGCGGAACAGCCGCAACAGCUUGAAAGCGAUGAGGACGAGGACGAGGUGGAGGAACACAGGGCGACGGCGGCUGCCGCGGAAGCUGCGGCUGAAGCGGCCAAGGCCUGGGGCAGUGAUCGCCCGUAA